UGUGAGGCUGGCUAAGAUUUUUAUGUACACUUAGAUGAAAUUUACUUAGAAAUUUUAGCUUUUCUUUUUAGCUAAGAAUGUACAUAUGGCGAUCUUCUAAAUAUUCUUUGAUCUUGAUUUCUAAAUGCCUCAAGGCAACAAAAGUCUACCAGCGAUUAGAGUUGAUUUUGAUUUGACAACGAAAAAGUGCUUUUUCAGCAAGGGACAGGAAGUUAUUGCCAUUCGAAAAGGUUUUGUUGUCUAUAACGUUUUCUGCCGAUAUGAAGCAUGGUAUGUAGGACACAUAUAGAGGCCAGUGUAUAGAAUCAAACAGCCUUUACCUGAGAGCAACAGGUUAAAGGCGGCUCUAAAGAGGGAACAGCCGCGAUUACUUUAUAAAUUGGUAAUUUCCAAAAAAAUCUGAUUCGGCUAUAGACCCAUUCUAUAAAGUUGUUAAACAUUCUUAGUUUCCAUCCCUAAAGCUGUUUAAGAGUUGCUUGAAAAUCUUUAACUCUAGGCCUUAGACAGGUGAAUUGCACAUUUUAUUGAAUAACGAGAUUACAUUAGUGGAUUUUUAGCGUCACUUGAACUGUUUCUAGAAUUCAAUCACCACUGUCACGUCACACAACAGAUCUGACAAUGAAAAAGGAUUUCUUGUGUUCAUCUGUUUCGCUUAAAGAAAGGAGGACUUAUCCCACUUUCUUGUUUGCGUUACUCUUAAGCUCUUGUGUAGUGUCAAUGCAGCUGGGUUGAACCCGAUGGCUGAUUUCUGGUAGUUUCAACAGGGCUUUUUGUAUAGGAGAAGUGAUAAAUAACAUUAUUUUGUUAGUUGACAAUGCGAGUUUUCCUUGCAGUUUAUCUAUGGAUUAGGGGAUGCCUUUAGUGCUUCCGAGGCAACUGCCGACUUUAAUGUACACAAGGUCGGUCGCUCUUUAUACUCAACAACUCUGUUAUUGCAUUUGUCGCAAUUGAUAUGAAAUAAUGUGACGAAGUUACAAAAGCGAGUUGCACGGAAGUUGCAAGAGCUGGCUGUAGUUGGUUCGUAAUUCGCAGAGCCUGGAUCUAUCGGCAUUGCUCAGACAAAAGCUCUUGGAAGCACCAAAGGACAAUAUUUCAAGAUACCAGUCUUUGAUGAUAUAUUUCAAAGCAAAUGCUAUUAUGCUGGUCAAUAGAAGUUGAACAACUUUUUUCCGUUGCUGUACCCUAUUUAGCGAAGAUGUUUAUUCCUAGAACCUGUUUGAAUUAAGGGUGGCAAGAAUGCAUUAGCAUUGACGGUGUUUCUGUGGCAGCGUGAAGCUUAUUCAAGAAUUUAUACUGAUUGAUUUUCACUAAGUACGCAUGCAGACGAAUUCAUAUUAUAUUAAACUUGAUCAUAGCGGCAGCAGCUGAACAAACUUUUCUAUUGAGAUUAAUUACUUUCGGCGAGUUUCUAUUAUAUGAUAUCUAGCAACCAUGUUGGAAACUUGCUUUUGUUUUAUUCAUUUAUAUCCAUCCAAUGAUGAUGAAAGAAAGACUCAUUGAAAACAAAGUACGAGGUACUGCCUAUUUCGUCAUAUGCCUUCAGGUUGCCACCAGAAUAUCAGCUGGUUUGAUGUCCUCGGUGUAAAUUAUGUUCCUUAACACGACACGUAUCAAUGGCACUCUGGCUGCAGAAGAAAUUCUAAACUCCUGCCCUGCAAAAUCGCUCAAUUGUGGCAAAGUUCCGUUUUACUAUGAAUUCGAGAACUUAUCGUUUUGGAAUGUGGUUGCUGUUGCAACAUUCAACUUCAUCGCCUCUCCGUUCACCUUCUUUUUCAACUUUCUUACGCUGUAUACAGUUUAUCGAAGAAGGAAGUUGCGCUCAAUGUCAAACUUGAUUCUAUGCAACCUAGCAGCAACCGACAUGAUGACAGGAAUUCUUACGCAGCCCUUUUUUGGGACACUUAUGCUAAAUUCAGCUUAUUGCAGGAAGUUCUGUUUUGUGAACACAUUUACUAUAUUUAUAGGGAACUGGCUGUCAUCAGUUUCUGUUGCAAGCUUAUUUCUUAUUACUUUGGAUCGACAUGUGUCAAUAUUCCAUCCAUUUUACUACGUGAAAAUAAAAGAAAGUCACAUCAAACUUAUUGUUGUGAUCGGGAUCAUUUGGCUUGCGAAUCUUGCCAUGGUUCUUGGCAGUUUUGCUACCCCUGACUUAGUUUUAACAUCCAUCGUCAGCAGCACGGUUGCUUUAGGGAUAUUCUUUUGGAGUCUCUAUGUAAAUAUAAGAACGGCGUUUGUGGUAAAGAAAAUACGGAAGGAAAUAGAGUCGCAGACUGCAAAUAGACGGAAAGAAAAUGGCGAUAGCAGUCGAUCUGAGAUGAUGUCACGUGUCACUCGCGUUGCCUUCACGAUCCUAGGAUCAAUGUUUGUUUGCUACAUGCCCUUUGUCAUUUUUACUGUGGUGGAAACUCUUGUUGAAUUGCCAUUCAAUGCCUGGAUCUGGAUUUCUACCCUUGUUUUCUUGAACUCUCUCAUUAACCCUCUUGUUUAUUGUUUUCAAAUGAAGGAAAUUAGAGAGGAAAUCAAAGUUGUCGUUAACAGAGUAUUUUGUUGCCGAACAAUCAUUAUAAUUCGCGAUAGAUUGACAUCCGUGGCUGGGCGCUCAGUUCUUCAACCUAAUCCCCAACAGACAAUCACUGACGCAAACUUUGUGCAGAGAAAUUAACGCUCAGUAGAUUCUUUUACCACAGACUGAACUUAGCAUAUAGUUAAUACUCCCAUUUUCUCUAUAUUUCAUUCUUUUUGCAACGUUCCUUUUUUGGUCGUAAAACUUACUCAUAGCUUUUUACGUUUGUUUCUCAGUUUUUCAGUUAGUUACAUAGUUUCGUGCACAUUUAGGCCGCUACCAAUCUUACGUUAAAUGUCCUCAAAUCUUCAGGUUUUAUAUAAGUAGCGAUGAGAUAACUAUUUAAGUUAAAUGACCCCAAUUAUUACCAAAGUUGUGGGUUUAAGCAAGGGAACGUUUUAGCAACAAGGUGCGGUUGUUUAUGAUGAUGUCAUUGCUCCCUUGAUUUUCAAAUCAUCAAAAUUAAAGUUUCACCUAUUUUUCUCAUUUACCCCCACUCAUGUAAAGCCCUUUUAACAGGCACCCCCUCAUGUUUAUCUGUAGUUCAGAAUUAGUUUAGUUUUCAUUAAUUCUUUUCCUUUUGGCCUUUACUUAAGAUUCAUAUGUGCAUGCACAACAUGACAACAAAAACUUGUUUUGAAUUCUUGUUAAAAUAUAAAUUACAGUAAAUAAUUGGCUUGUUUGUCCGGGCAUUUUUUUGGAAUACCCUUCUCGUUGAAAUUUCAAACUCGUAAUACCCUUUUAUCUACUACGUUUGGCACUGGGCAAACCUUUUCUCAAAAACAUAAUUAGAUUAGCUGUUACUUCUGACAAAAGUUUUUUAGGUUUGAUGGCCUCUUUAUUUCUUUACAGUAUUACAUGUUUGAUGAAUUUUAAAGAAAACUUCAGAAUGAACAUAAAUGCUUUUGCAAACAGGCCCAUAUGGUUAGAUGUUGCAAAAGACUGAUUCUGCCUUUUUGCUUGGGUGAAUAGGAUAUCUUUGCCCAAGUCUUGUAUACUCAAUAGACUCAAAUGUCUUGCAAAAUUGAUGUAGUCUUUACCUAUACGUAUAGAUAUAUUUAUGCUAAGAGGAAAAUAGACAUUUACGUUUUGAAGUAGAAAAUCGUGUUGAUGUUUAAACUAGAAAAUAGUGAGUUUUCAAUGUACUGAAAUCAAUCUCCUAAUCAAAAGCAUCCUUAUUGACCAUUGAGAGCACAAAGUAUCUCUUGAUCUAGGAAUAUUUAGGAAUAUCAAAGGAAAGUUUUAAUAUAUGACUUAUUAAUAAGUUAUUAAGAUAUUUAUGGAAUAAUUAGAAAAAUGCACAUUUCUCCUGGUGUCCAAGCUUUGAGUUUUUUAGUGUUAGAAGCGAGCGAUGUUUUUUUCUGCCAACCUUUCUGAAGCCGUCAUGAAGCAAGCAGAGAAAUAAUGUGGGAAAUGGAAUCACGAAAGGAGACCACAACCCCAAAACUGGAACUUAUUAUUGUUGUGGUUAUUAAAGCAAUGAACCUUUCACAGUUAGCGCUGCUCGCAGCUUCUCCUCGAUUGUUCCAUCUCAGUUGCAAAGCAAGUUCAUUUUCAAUUUCAUUCUGCCGCCCGUAAAGCAAAAACCUCUCUGGAGAACCGAUUGUACGAAGAAACCUAUGUCCCGCACAUGCCGAAACUCGUAAAAAAUUCACUUCAGCAAGCUACUGUUAGAUGGGCCACAGGAACCAUUUUCUACAAUCGUUGCGCCCAAAUAUACGAAGCCCAAGGACAAGAUUUGGAUCAAAUCCUCUUAUAGAAAAUGAGAGUUUGUGGUUGUCCGUGUAAGAAACGUUAGCCGUUGCUUCUGGUUUAUUCAAAUAUUUGAAGGAAUCUUUGAUUUCAGGAUAUUCAAAAAAAAUUACAGUAUGACUGUUCAUUUUCAGAUGCCGCAUUGCGCAACCGGCCUUUUUCCUUCUCAACCGGUUCUCCAUUGUCACUGCAAACAUGCCAGAUAUUUAGAGCAAAUAUAAACUCGCUGGAAUCGUACCGGAUACAGAGACAAAUAAACCUAGCAAAUAUCACAGUCUGUAUCAUUGUGUUCCGCAUUGAUCGCUUGUUCUACUGCAGUUUAAGAACCUGCUGUAGGCUGGCUUUAAGCUAUCAUUUCAAACAGAAUGCAAUAUAAAUAAGGAAGCAAAGCUGGUGUUUUAAUUAACAGAAUCUUGGCUAUUGUGAUUUGUUUCUCCGUUAAGUCUAUCUUAGCUGUUUCAGUUAUUUAGAUGCUUUAAAGCAACCCAAAAUAUUGAUUUUUCAUGCUCAUUGCAUUUUGCACAUCUCCACAACAGCUGCAUUGUUUUUUGCCUGAACCCAUGAAAACAGAAGCUCGCAGGCUAUAGGUACAUCCAAUAUAUAAUCUAUUGCAAUUAGCAUAGAUUUAAAUAAGCAAAAUAUUUCAUCCACAAGUGGCUGAUAAAUCCAUCUUUGUAUAAUUUGUGCCAUAAUACCAAAUUCGUAAUUUGAGAUUAACAUCAUACUUCUCUCUAGGGUGUUGUAUUGAAUAAGGGUAACAUUUAAGCCUCAGAAAAAACGUUAAUAGAUAAAUGGGAAAAUGGCCAAAUUUGAAAGGCACAACGAUGAAACUUUAUAAGAAUGCUAGUGCCGCAGCUUGAAAAUUAUCUUUCUGUGUUUAUUCAGAUUUGAAGGUACCAAGUAUUUUUUUAAAUACUAAUUUUUAAAUAAAGCCUAAUUUUUAAAAAUGUCACAAACUCAGAACUUUGAUUGAUAUUUUUAAGGGCUCUGUAUAUUUACUAGCCAAAGCUAAUGCCUUCUGUACAAAAAUGACAGAUUCAAAGACUUUGGUAUUAUAAAGUAGGAACCCUCUCCUGCCUUCCUAAACAAUUUGUUGGUUUUCCGUCCAACAGAAAUUCGAACAGAAAAGUUGAUUUCUCAGAAAAAUAGUCAACCAUUAUGAAAUAAAUUGUUGCUCGGUUAUCAAUAAUACUACCUAGCAUGACAAAAAGUAUGCUUGAAAUUGUGUGCUGCUAACGAUAGGUCAUUCCGUCCAACAGAUUUGAUAGGGAUCCAAACAUUUGUGUUUUUGGCGGGAAAUUCUCAAAUCCGUAAAACGCCACACGCAUUUAUUUACAAAAUUUUAUAAUAAAGUUGGUCUUUUUGCAUAUCUCUGCAAAUAUUUCUAAUGGCUCCGACUAUUAAGCAAUUGAAGAAUUGAGAUUACUAUCGAAAAUUUCUUAGAAGAAUGUGUUUGAAACAAUUCCUGUUGGACAAAUUUAUUAUUUUCAAAUCAAUACCUUCAAAUAUUGGUACGUGUCUUUCCCUUGCUACAUUGCCGUCAAUUUGCAACAGUUCAUUUUAUUUCAUUUUUAUCUAAGUCGGUAGCCCAAUCAGUCCACGGACUGCUUUUGGGGGCCGUAUCAAAACUUGAUAAUAUUAAAAGAAUUUCUUUAAUUUUCAUCUAUAUUUAAAUUUAUACUUGUUUCUUCACGCUUUUCCUUGUUUUUUGGUCAAAUUUCAUAAAUUCCGAAAAUGUGUUUUACGACGUCAUAAUUUUGCAACAUUUUAUCAUUUCUUGGGAUAUUUGAAAGCUGGUCGUUUAUAUAAUUUUAAUUUCGUAAUCAAUAUGUAAAAUGGCGCUCCGGUGGUAUUUUAUUGAAGGCGCAUCCAGGCGAUUUGAUUCUUUGAGGGGAAAGAAAUGAAUCAAUCAGUGGUACCCCCUUCUAUCAAACAAUGUGUUUCAUCAAGCACCCAUGCCCCCCCCUCUCGAGCCUGUUAUUGUUGCUGAUAUCACUGAGUAUUGUACCUGGUUAAUCGUUUUAUGGUUUCCAAGAGAAUUCCAUUGUUGAAUCUAUUGUCAAAUGUUGUCUCAGGCUUUUGCAGAUUAUUUUUCUUGCAGGCAGAUUAUUUUUCUUGCAUUUUUGCAAAAAGAUAUAUCAAGUAGGGGCUAGGCCUGUUCUUCCACUACGCACUGACGUGAUUUAUCUUGAGAUUAGUUUUUAUGAAUAUUUGAAAACAAGGAAGAAAUUAAACGACUGCUCCCCUCCACACAUACAACUCCCGUUAUUGCCAGAUGAAAAGCUCUUACAAAACAAAAUGAAUGUAUUUGAUACAUAGUUUGACUUCGUUAGUGUGUCGAACAUAAUCUGUAUUUUGGCACCGGUAUCCAGAACUUCUGUCUUGUUAAAAUGGCUUCAAUUUUUAUUUCUCAAGCUCUACACUUAUCAUUUCCUCAUUUUGUCGCACGAAUUAAUCAUCCACGUAGCUGGCGUUAGCUAGAACACGCAGAUUCAAUAUUAUCCUUCAAGUUAAUUUGCCCUUUCGUGAAAGUUUAAGCCGGAUAAAGAAAAAUAUCCUUUCCGGCAUUUGGUCAAAUUUUAAGGACGCGUCGGAAAAUUGAGAAAGCGAGGCGUUUCUUUCAAAUUUGAAUUUGUUCAACCACUUAAAGAUAGCCAAUUUCAAUAAUGUUUUUAGGUUUGACUAUGAAUUAUUGAAUAAUUAAAUUUCCGAGAUGAAGAAGAGGAAACGAAUGUAGUUUUUAAAGUUUUCAGUGUGCCGAAUGGCGUUCAUCGCCAAGUUGCUGAUUAUUAUUUCAUCGAAAGUGUGCUUCAUUUUGAAAUAACAGUCAAUUUUAGCCCAGUUGUAUGUUCAUUUGUCUCGGUUAUAAAGGCACUCUGGCUGUGCAUCGAGAUUUAAUCGUCUCAGCAGUUUUCUUUAUUUUCUUUGUGUUCGUUGCCGCACCUGAAAUGAGUCCAGAAUAUUUAAUCUUGCUUCUUCAAUGUCACAUGCGUUUCCUUAUUCAGACCUGGUUUUUUGUCGUUUACGUUAUCCUUCGGUUAAUCUCCAAAGACCUCAUACUGUUUGCGGCAUAAGCAAUUUGCCAGGAGUUAAACAGAAGAGAAAUUGCAAAUUUGUUCUUUAUCGUGAAAGUUCCGUUAGAGAUAAUUCUCUUCUAAAUGUUUUAGUUGUUUAGCAAUUAAUGAUGCAUUGUGCUUUGAUUAGCAAAGUGCGUCAAGGCAGAAGUUUAGUUAAAAAAAGUCGAAGCUCUGCUGACUGCUGCAAAUAUGCCGUCAAAUUGUUGUUACAGUCAAACAGUACUACCCAUAGCUAGAGUUUUGAUUUAGUGAAUGAAUUAAAAUGGAACGUUUUUAAUUGUUUGGUAAAAACCGAACAAAAUUUAUUUUUUCUUCUUUCACUAGCCUGGCGGUCGGAAAAACAGUUUACUUAAAUUUUUGCUUGGCCGCGCUUCGUUGUGAGGGCAUUUUAAACAGAAAAAGUUUUCAGAAAGAAUCUCAUUGAAACUGUUACCUCUUUUAUUCGUAAAUAAAAUGGGAACGAUGGGCAAGUGCGCAGUUGCUACGCAAAUUCCAUGGAGCAAAGAAAUAGUGAGCUGAUCGCAUAGUGAAAUGUUUCCCCAUGAUCGCAUGAUGAAUUCAUAAGCCUUUAUCAGAAUUAUUGGUUGAUGUAGUCAUCUGAUUC